AUGCCACGCAAAAGAGCAAACCCCGAAUCCCCAGCGGGUCUCCCAACCCCCCGCCGCCAAAGACAAAGCACAUCCCCCUCCGCAACCGACAGCGAAGAUGGCGGACCAAGCGCGCCCUCCAGCACAGAUGCAAUGGUUAAAAAGAUGGUCCGGCUAGCCAUGGCAAGCGAAUACUCCCGCCUCCCAAUCCGACGAACAGACAUCAGCGCGAAAGUCCUGGGCGAGCAAGGCUCGCGCCAAUUCAAGCUCGUAUUCGAGCAGGCGCAGAACGAGCUACGGCAUCGGCUUGGCAUGGAGCUAUCUGAAUUGCCGGCUAGAGAGAAGGUUACUGUUUCGCAGCGACGGGCCGCUCAAAAAUCUGAAAAAGUUUCCAGUGCCAAUAAAUCUUGGAUCGUUACUAGCACUCUACCACCUGCCUAUCGCACACCUGCCAUCCUGCAUCCACCCAAGGCACCUUCCACCUGGACUGAGAGUACAUACACUGGUCUUUACAGUUUCAUUAUUGCGGUGAUUACGUUAAAUGGGGGGACACUUGCAGAGCAGAAACUGGAUCGGUAUCUAGCACGUGUGAACGCGGAUGUCGGGACGCCCAUUGACCGGACGGAGAAACUGCUGCAGCGGCUGUGUAAGGAGGGAUACUUGAUUCGCACCCGGGAAAUGGAUGGGGGGGAGGAGAUUAUUGAGUAUAUCGUCGGGCCACGGGGCAAGGUUGAGGUUGGGAGUGGAUCUGUUGCUGGGCUUGUUCGGGCUGUUUAUGGGCAAGAGGGUGAUGGGGAUGGGGAUGAAGGGGAGAUUGAGAGGAUGGAGCGGGAGGGCUUUGAGGGGAGGUUGGGGAGGACGCUUGGGGCUCAUGUUGUGAGGGAGAGUGAGCAUGGGGAUGGGCAGGAGGGUGCCUCUCAGGUUCAUGGGAAUGGACCUGUUGAGGAAAGGGGUGGGAGACGGUCUACGAGGCAUGCUCGAGAAGAAGAGGAGGAGCAGGAGGAGGAAGAACAAGAGAAUGACUCCUCUGAGGAGAGUGAUUGA